GGCGGUGGUGCCGGCGGUCGCCAUGUCCGUGCGGACGCUGCCGCUGCUGUUCCUCAACCUGGGCGGGGAGAUGCUGUACAUCCUGGACCAGCGGCUCCGGGCUCAGAGCAUCCCGGGAGAGAAGGCCCGAAAAGUUAUGAAUGACAUCAUCACAACCAUGUUCAAUAAAAAAUUCAUGGAAGAGCUCUUUAAACCACAGGAACUCUAUUCCAAGAAAGCGCUGCGAACAGUGUACGACCGCCUGGCUCAUGCUUCAAUCAUGAGACUGAACCAGGCAAGCAUGGACAAGCUGUAUGACCUGAUGACGAUGGCUUUCAAAUACCAAGUGCUGCUGUGCCCCCGGCCCAGGGACAUUCUGCUGGUUACCUUCAAUCACCUGGAUGCCAUCAAGGAUUUCAUAUAUGAUUCCCCUGGGAUUAUGAAUCAGGUGGAUGAAACUUUCCGACGGCUGAUUGAUACAUACAACUGUCUCUCUGAUGGGGAAUUUCAGCUCAUCAGGCAAACACUCCUCAUAUUUUUUCAGGACAUGCACAUAAGGGUUUCUAUCUUUCUGAAGGAUAAAGUGCAAAACUCUAAUGGUCGCUUCGUGCUGCCAACAUCAGGCCCUGUUCCUUGGGGCACAGAAGUUCCAGGACUCAUCAGGAUGUUUAAUCAUGAUGGAGAUGAAGUUAAAAGAACUGAGUUCACCACUCCUGGAAAUUAUGUUACUCCACAAAGGGAAGGAUCUUUUGGUCUUUAUGGAGACAGAGUCCUCAAACUUGGAACAAAUAUGUACAGCAUUAGUCGGCCAGUAGAGACACACAUGUCAGGAUCAUCCAAAAACUUGGCAUCCCAUGCAAAGGAGAAUACAGUCCCUAACCCUCUUGCUAAAGAAGAACUGAACUUCCUGGCCAGGCUUCUGGGAGGUCUGGAGAUCAAGAAUCCCAGUGGCAGUGACACAGGAUUUCGACUGAAUUUGUUCACAACUGACGAGGAGGAAGAGUAUGCCCAGACACGCUGCACUGACUAGACCUGAAGAGCUAUCAUACAAGGUUAUCAACAUAGAAGCCACACAGGAACCGGGCCGACGGGAGGAGCUCUCCUGCAUCCUGGGGCAGCUGGAGGCGGAGGAGCCGCGGCCGGAGAGCUCCGGGAAGGGCGAGGAGCUGCUGGCGCUGAUGGAUGCGCUCUGAGCACG